UUUUAAAAUUUUACUUCCUCUUUUCUCAUUUUACCUUUUUGAUUCUAUUUUAACUUUUUCUCAUUUUUUCCAUAUUUCAUUAAGUUUUUAGUCACCACUUUUUAGGGUUUUGGGUUUUUAAGUUUUUAAUCCUACCACCAGGGCACCUCUUAUCCCAAAGCCCGCUACGCCUUCGCACCAUAGCCAACAUGCUGCAGAGCCACUUAGCCUUCUCUGCUGUGGAGGAAACUCAUGUGGGACGCUACCACCUCCUCAGAACCAUCGGCAAGGGGGCAUCUGCCAAGGUCAAGCUGGCCCAGCACAUCAUCACCGGCCAAGAGGUAGCCAUUAAAAUAAUUGACAAGAUCCAGCACACGUCCUCCGACCUCCACAGACUAUACAGAGAGAUAGAAAUUAUGAAGGAUCUCCAUCAUCCAAAUAUUGUAAAGCUGUUUGAAGUCAUAGAGAAUGAGCACGCCCUCUAUAUAGUCAUGGAGUAUGCAAGUGGAAGGGACCUCUUUUACCACCUCGUGAAUCAUGGCUUCAUGAGCGAAAAAGAGGCCCAAACGAAAUUCCAACAAAUAGUGUCAGCGGUGAAGUACUGCCACGACAAGGGUAUUGUUCAUAGGGAUCUGAAAACAGAAAACCUACUAUUGGACAAGCGAAUGAACAUCAAACUUGCAGACUUUGGUUUAGGAACUCAAUUCACCACAGGGAGCAAGCUGGAUACCUUCUGUGGCACUCCCCCUUAUUCUGCCCCAGAACUCCUUCAGGGAGAAAAGUAUGACGGACCCCCAGUGGAUGUGUGGAGCCUGGGAGUCAUCCUAUACUUCAUGGUAACUGGAUCUCUGCCUUUUCGUGGGAAGACCUUGACGAAGCUGCGAGAGCAGGUGCUGCAGGGACAAUAUCACGUUCCCUUCCACAUGUCUAGCCAGUGUCAACACCUGCUCAGUAAAAUUUUCAUUCGUGACCCAAGAAAGAGAGCCACAUUAGAGGACAUCCUAGCACAUCUAUGGAUGAAGGUGAGCCAUGAAGAAAAACAAAAGCUCUACGUCCAGCCACUCCCAGACUACGAUAACCACUGGCACACUGAGGUGACGGUGAACACGGGUUACGUGCAGGAAGACAUUCAUGACUCACUGUUGAACCACAAUUACAAUGAUGCGAACGCCACCUAUCUGAUCCUACGUCACGACACAUAUGACAUUGACAGCCACACCAGCACCCUGGAACCCCAGGCUGAAGCCCAUUGCACCGAUAGCCACACUCCUUCCUCAUCCCAUGAAGUGCCUCCUACCGUCUGUCCUAAACCCAAGCAGCGCAGUUACACUGAGCCCACCAUUCCCACCUUUGGUUACUACAUCCGCGAUGCUUUGAACACUCUCUCUGAGGGAGGGAUGGGGACCUCCAUGGUGUCUACUUCUCCAUCAUUCUCCCUGGCCCUGGCCCACCUGCGGCAGCAAUCUACCACAGCCUGGGCACAGCCCAACCAGGACUCUGACCUGUAUGCCAAGGGGAGAAACAGUGAGGUGCCACAGCCCAUCACACCACCCCAGUGUGUUUCUGUGCCUUCCUCCUCAGCCAACACCAUCAACGAGAGUGCCGGGGCCCCGGAGAAAACCAGUUUUACCCAGGGAAUGUCAAAUCUAAGCUCCGCAAAUGAGGAGCAGGUGCAUGAGUUACCUGACCAGCCGAGUUUGCCCCAGACUGUGAGUCUAGCCUCUUCCUCUGAGGAGCAAGUGCAUGAGUUACCUGACCAGCCGAGUUUGCCCCAGACUGUGAGUCCAGCCUCUUCCUCUGUCAGCAGCCAGGGCUGGAAGCAGGCCACUGGGAGGUUCUUUAAGCUCAUGAGAAGAUGCCUUUGUUUUACAUAUGACAAAAAGGACCACAAAGCAUCGGACAGCAAAGCUGCACAAAUGAUCAAACCUCAAGAGGCCAAACCACGCUCUCUCAAAUUUACCUGGAGGAUGAAGAUCACCAGUUCCUUGGAGCCCGACGAGAUGCUGCAGGAGAUCUGUCAAGUGUUGGAUGCCAAUGGCUGUGACUGGGAUCUCACCCACAAAUACACACUGCUGUGUAUGAAUGGCACACCAGGACAACAGGACUUCACUCAGUGGAGGAUGGAGGUGUGCACCCUGCCUCGGAGGACUCUCAAUGGGGUAAAAGUGAAGAGAAUUUCAGGGACCUCUGAGGCCUUCAAUAGCAUCGUCUCAAAAAUCACCAGGGACCUUGCACUUUAAAAUGGGGGCAGCAGAGCUGCCUGAGAGAAAACAGGAGUUCCAAGGUUUAAGCUCCUUUGUAAUUUUGAAGGCAAUGUUCGGAAAACCCACCUAAAAAAGGUGCCUGAAAUUCACUUCACUUGAACCCUGUUGAGCAAUCAUCAAGGCAGUGUGCAUACCUUCAUCCUCCACUGCACAAAGUCCUCUUGGCCUGCACGUCACGUGUGCACAGCAACACAUAUGCCCGGGAGACAUCCCACUCGCAGCUGUUGGCAUCGCACACUUGGCAGAUCUUCCACAUCAUCUCGUUGGGCUCCAUGGAGCUGGUUCCUCCACGUAAACUUCAGCGACAACAGCUUGGCCUCUCCAGGUUUAAGCACUUCCACCUCGUCUUUGCUCUCAGAUUCCUACAGAUCCGCUGCAGCAAACAUGAAGCAAAGAAUUCAUGAAAACAAAACAAACACUCCCAAAUUCAUCCGUUCAGACAGACAAAGGAAAGCUUGUAAUAGGGAAAGCCACUUGAUUCACUAACAGGGCCAUCGAGAUCUCUCUGGAGUCCCUUGGGAUGCACUGAACAGCAAACCAGAAAGUUGUCGGUUUAACUCCACACACAGAUGACUUGAAAGAAAGGCCUCCAGUCUAUUUCUGAAACAUCUUGAAGCUGAAGAAAAUCAGACCAA